UGUGAACACAGAAAGGGAGGCGGUUGCCAGCUAGCCGGAGGGGAGGAGGGACCAGCGAUACGAGAGCCGAGGAUCAGAAGCCGGGAAAUCACACCAGGAAAGACCAGCGCAGCCACCGCUCUGCACUCGCCGAACCUGGAGGAGCGAUAGAGAUUUAUCCGGAGUGCAGCACAUAUUGACAGCAGCAAGCCAGUGCCAGGCCUUGGGGAAACAGAGGGCUACAUGCAACUUGCUCUUUAGCUUUUUGUCAAGACCUGAACACACAAGUGCACCAUGGAUUUUGUGAUGAAGCAAGCUCUUGGGGGGGCCACCAAAGACAUGGGGAAGAUGCUGGGCGGGGAGGAGGAGAAGGACCCUGAUGCGCAGAAGAAGGAGGAGGAGAGACAGGAGGCCCUGCGGCAGCAGGAGGAGGAGAGGAAGGCCAAGCACACCCGCAUGGAGGCCGAGAGGGAGAAAGUACGGCAGACCAUUAGGGACAAGUAUGGCCUGAAGAAGAAAGAGGAGAAAGAGGCUGAGGAGAAGGCGGCCAUGGAGCAGGCAUGCGAGGGCUCACUGACGCGUCCGAAGAAAGCCAUCCCCGCCGGGUGCGGAGAUGACGACGAGGAGGACGAUGAGAGCAUCCUGGACACCGUCCUGAAAUUCCUGCCCGGACCACUGCAGGACAUGUUCAAGAAGUAACGGACAUGGAGGCUACGCUCCAGGCUGGCAGGAAGGAAGGAGAUAGG